AUAAUUGUCAUUGCAACAUAUAUAAAAAAAGAAAAAGAAAAUAGUGAUAAAGAGAAACCUCAAAAAUGUCUAGGAACAGAACAUUAUUAGAGAGUGCAGGGGAAUGGUUUGAAUACAACGACAAAGGUAAAUGGUUAAAUGAAAUGAAAGGUAGCAUAAGUUUAAUUGCUCAAAUAAUUGUAACUAUGACAUUUUCACUCGCCACUAAUCCGCCGGGCGGCGUCGUCCAAGUUGGUCUAAGUGACAAAGCUUUUUGUUCCGGUUUAGUAUGCGCCGGCGAAGCCGUCAUGGCUACGGUGAACCAUAAUAAAUAUUUAGGAUUUAUGAUAUGCAAUACAAUUUGUUUCAUUGCAUCAAUAAGUGUUUGUCUAUUGCUUGUUAGUGGAAUUCAAAUCAACAAUUCAUUUUCAAUAUGGCUCUUAUCAACAGGAAUGUGUGUCUCACUCACAAGUCUUGCUCUUACUUACUUGUUUGCUGCUUCUAUGGUCACACCAAACUCUAUUUGGAACUCUAUUGCUGGAAAUGCGUUUGGUGUUGUUGUUAUUGUUUGGGUUGCUUUUGUUGUAAUUGUUAUUGCUAUUUAUCUCAUUGUUAGGUUCUUUGUUAGGAGUCUCAAUAAAUGCGCCAAAUGAUGUGUUUUUUUUAAUUAAAUUAGAGUCCUUGUUCUUUUAGUGUAUGUCACAAUAAAUGUUUUUAAGAGUCUUAAUUGUGUAGUUAUUUUAUGGCUUUUCCAAUGGUCUUUAUGUAAAGGGGGUUUGGCUGCUUGUGGAAUAAAUGUAAGAAACUUCCUAGCUUAAUUUUCAAGAUUAUGUUAUGUGUUUGUUAUUUGGUGAA